GCUAUGAUUCAAACUACUUUCAAUCAUCGAUGUCAUUCAAUUCGCCUUUGUCAAUCACAGUUAGCUUUAGCGCCUUCAUUGAUAUUAUUAUUAUCAUUAUCACACUGAUUGCUUUUACUCUUCUUGCCGGUGUGGUAACAGGAGCUAAGUGCUCAAAUUUAUUACGUCUUGAGCCACCACCUCUUAACAAUAGUCGAUAUGUGGUUCGAGUUGAUCGUAAAUUUCGGAUUUCUUGCAUCUGCCAACAGGCGUCUAUAAACUGCUUGCAUCUUGCAUGGCGGAAUGAAUUUGGUCGUAAAAUAGACGGUGAAUCUUCUAAUAGCUUGUUUACCGUUGAGUUACGAGAGCAUGAUUCAAUGUACAAAAAAUUAUCGUUAGUAUUCACCCAAAUUGCAAAACGUGAUACCGGAUUCUAUAAAUGUGUUGCCAGGAAUUCCAGAAGGAUGUCGGCCUACUGGAAAGUGGAAAUCAUCGUCGUCGAUGCAAUUCGUUGGAAAGAAAGCAAUGAUGUUGUUGGAGGGAUGUUCGGCGAAUCGUUAACCAUCGAUUGCGGAUCCAUCGGAAAUCCACAACCUGAAACAUAUAUUACGAAUCAUAAAGGAUUUCCACUUAAUGAGACUUUGUUCGUUAUUGCUGGAUCAGAAGUAACUGUCAAUAAGCUUACAAAUGUAUACCAAGAUACUAUCAUCAACUGCUUAUCGGUUCAAGAAUUCGAGAAGUAUGAUGCAACGGUUGUUGAACAGCACGAAAUUCGUUUGGACGUUUGGUCGUCUCCGGAAUUCAGCAAACCGUUUGUUGAACGUUUUAUUGUUCUGGAUCAUUUAGCUCAGAUCUGUUGUAACAUAACGCGUUCAAAUCCACCCGCUACACAUUUUCGGUAUUUAAAAGGUAGUGAUGAACUCUGGAACGAUAGUAAUCAUAUUAUUUUGAUUGAUGUUUUAAAUCAAAGCAGUUGUCUUAAGAUUUUAUCACCAACAGAAUAUGAUUUGGGUGAAUACCGAUGCGAAGUGAGCAACGGAAAAUCCAAGUCACAACAAACAAUUACGGUUAAAGAAGCAACUCCACCUGGUGAAGUUCACGUUUCAUUGCAAGAUGUUGGAAUGACUUAUGUGCUAUGGAAAAUUGAAGAAGGAUUUGGUGAACAGUUGCCAAUACGACGUUAUAUUAUAGAAUAUAUUAAAAAAUCUAUUCUAGAUCAAGGUCAUGAUGAAAUCAGAGAAAAUAAUCGUGUUUGGUUCGCGCAUGCUGUCAAAAUGGAUGUACAUUUAAAUGAAGAUGGACUAUACGAAGUUGGUGGAUUACGUCAAGGAACAACAUAUAUAUUCAGAUUUGCAGCGGAAAAUGAAGCUGGAAUUGGUGAUACUGUUACUGUGGCUGUAAAAACAACUUCAAGAGUUAAAUUAUCGAAGCUUACACGAUCUGCUUCAUCAUUUCAUCAACAAUUGAUACUUAUUGCUUUUUUCCUUCACUUUUUUCCUAUAUGGUAA